AUGCGCGAGCUCUCCCAGCUGAAGCAGAGCCCGCCGGAAGGAAUACGCGUGGUCACGAGCGAGGAUAAUAUGUUGGACGUGACUGGGAUUAUCGAGGGGCCUGAGGGCACACCGUAUGCUGGCGGGUACUACAGAAUCCGGUUCAAGUUUACCGAGGAGUUCCCAGCUGCGCCGCCGAAGUGCUGGUUCGCAACCAAGAUCUUCCACCCGAACGUCUCGGGCCAGGGCGAGAUCUGCGUGAACACGCUCAAGAAGGACUGGAAGCCCUCGUUCGGCAUCGCGCACAUCCUCGUCACCGUCAAGUGCCUGCUCAUCUACCCGAACCCCGAGUCCGCGCUCGACGAGGAGGCCGGCAAGCUCCUCCUCGAGGACUACGAGAGCUACUGCGCGCGCGCACGGCUCAUCAACAGCGUGCACGCCACGCCGCGCACCCGUCCGCCGGAGUUUGACGACGGGAAGGGCGCCGAUGGGGAGGAGGGACAGGCGGGGCCAUCGAGGCCUCAACAAUCAGCGGCUCCGGCGCCGCCCGCGACGCUCCCGCCUCACUCGAUCACGCUCCCGCCACCACAGCUCUCCGCCGCAUCGCCGCGGUACAAGUCGAUGUCGCCCUCGCCCCUGCCGCCGCUCUCGCAGCCGCUGCAGAGCUCGCCCGCGAACACGAUGUCCAUGGCGGGCGGUGCCCCACCAGGCGGAGCUUCGAAGAACGAGAAGGAUAGGAGAACGUCGCCGGCGCCGUUGGGCCCCGCGGACUCGAAUAUCGCGGCGGGAUCGGGGGCGGGUGCUGCUGCUGCGUCUGGCAAGGCUAUCAAGCGGACUGCUGUGGGUGGGAUGACGAGUGCGGAGAAGCGCAAGAAGGCGCUGAAGCGGCUAUGA